AGAAAACUGUAUAUUAUUACUUUUUGGGGGGAAUAAAGGGAUUUUUCUUGAAUGACAGACACCAGCAGUUCCAUUAAAGGGAUUACAGUGACUUUCAGUGAGCUGCGGUAAACAGGCGGAGGGAGGGAGGGGAGCGCGCGGCAGCACUUUGGAAAUAGGCAUGCCGGCAGAGCGCGCGGGACAGACUGGCUCGAGCACACAAACCCCAAACCUCCUCUGUCAGUGAGCCUCUCACACCCAUCCUCACCAAUAAUGUGAAAUCAGUCGCAAAGGCUCGUCAGAUGUCCAGAGCGACCGCCGCUGAUCCUCACGCGCCUCCCGUCCUCCAGAUCGCCCCGUCCCGCCAGUUGGUCACCUCCUCCAAGGAUACCCCGAGUGCGAUGCGGCAAUGUCCCGCGGAGGCAGCUCUCGCUUGAACUCUCGCAGCGCCGUCUGGAGCGUGACAGUCGCGGUGUUUCUGAUGAGCGUGAUCGACGCGGACGCGUACAGCUGCCAUGAGGUGAGGACCGCGUUCCAGCUGCGGCAGGUCGGACCGCUCAGCCGCGUGCCGGAGACUCCGGGCACAGAUGUUGAUCUGCUGAUUUGUAAGCACAAAGGUCCAUCCUGCUGCACCCGAAAGACCGAGCAGAGUUACCAAGUCGCCGUUAAAAGAGAAACUCUUCAAAACGUUCAGUCUUACAGCUAUGAGCCUAAGCACCUCUUCUCCACACACGCAAAUGCCUUCCAGGAAAUGUUCCGGUCCCUGCUGUCCUUCUCCCAAGGCCAUCUCAGUUCCCUCCUGGAAGACACAUACUUGUCCCUGUUCCACCAUGCUCGGCCCCACGUGCACCAGCUCUUCUCCUCUCUUUCCCAGUACCUCCAUGGUGCCAAUGUCUCUGUAGAGACCACAGUUCAGCGAUUUUUUAAUAGUAUUUUCCCACUUGUCUAUGAAAAACUUAUCAAUCCAGACAUGGAGGGAAGCCUAAUGGAAGGCAGUGAAAUAAGUGACUGUCUCCGCACGAUCAGACAGGAUGUCAAUCCUUUUGGGUAUCAUCCAGCUCUCAUGGCUGAAGAGCUUGCUGGAGCAUUGGGGGCUGGUCGACAGCUGGGUCUAGCCUUAAAAGAAGGUGUGGAGGCUAUGAAUGCUACCGAGCACGCCAGCUUUACCAAAGACUGUGAAAAGAACCUCGUGAAGAUGAUGUACUGCUCUCACUGCAGAGGCUUGACACUAUUCAAGCCCUGCCUGGGCUACUGUCUGAAUGUAAUGCGAGGGUGUUUGGCCAGUUUAUCAGAGCUGGAUCAGCCUUGGAGACAAUAUAUCAACCUUUUGGAGCAACUAACGCACGCUGCAGCUGGAAAACACAGCCUGGAACUAGCCCUUCUGGGGGUCACGGGCCAUAUCAAUGAGGCACUGCUCUAUGCACAGCUCCAUGGUCCGCUCAUAACUGCCACGGUGGACAAGGUGUGUGGCCUGUCCACAGGGGAACCCAAAGGCAUGCAGCCUUCCACCAGCCCAGAGGUCACAACCCCAAGCAUGACCUCAGCUUCGUCUGCUGCCCCCACCCAGUUUCCAUCAGACCAGGAGCUCCAACAGUUUGCUCAUUUAAGAGGCCCAUUUCCCCUGAAACCCUCCAAGAACAAUAAACAUAAUCUGAAAACAUUCUCUAGGGAGUUUUUGUUGCAUUUGAAGCCCAUCAAGUCUUUCUUUAUGAUACUGCCAAACACGCUGUGUAGAGGGGAUGCAGCAGUGGAAGACUCCACCUGCUGGAGCGGACAGGAUGUCGUGGAAAGCUAUGUGAGCAAAGUCGCAGAACCUGGUCUUUAUGGCCAACGGCAAAACCCAGAGUUCAAAGUUCGCAGCAUGGACCCCAGAGUGGUGGAGGUCAAGGAAAGGUUGGAACAUUUCAACCAGGAGACUCUGGAAAGGUUUCCAGACCUGGAGGAACUAGAAGAAUUUGGCAGCGGGGAAGAGGAUGGCAGCACUGAGGAGUGUGAUGAUGAAGAUGGGUGCCAAAACUCUGGAGAUGGUCAAGAAGGAAACCCACAUGGAGGCGAAUCUAUUUACACGGAGUCAACAGGGAGACAGCCAGAAGAAAACCCCUCAAAGCCCCCGCCAGUGAGGGUGAUAGGGGGCUCGCCAUCUGCCUUCUGGCUUCAGUCUUGCAGCUUCGCACUGCUUUCCGCUGGACUUGGCUUGCAGUGGAUGCUCUUGUGAAGACAGCCCUGUCUGUGCCUCCACCUUUCAUCCACGCUCCCCCUCGGAACCCAACCCGUGCACGGAACUCAAGUCAUAAACAUGUCACUAUUUUAUUUCUCACUUCUGUCAUCAGCCGACGGAUGCUAAAGGAGGCAAGAGAGAGAAAUGUCAAACGAGGCGCCAUGUGGACAGCAUUAGGAACCUGCAGAUAGGUGGCCUACAUCGACAGCAUCAUCAACGGGGCUGUUUGCACAAGCUGAUUGCAUGCUUGCUCAUCUACAAAGAAUUAUACUUACUGCUUCCAAAACGCUGUUUGGAGCUAGACUUGUAUGCGAAGGAGCCCUGGAGCUCCAUGAUCAACUCACCCACACACCUUUUGUGAUUGAGGAGGCAAAAUUCUUAAGAACAUUUGCAGAAUUUACACACAAAAUAACAGAAAAAAUGUCUUCUUUUUUUUUAUUGCUUAUGUAAGCUACAAACCUCAUCACAGCAUUACACCAUUUGCCAGCCAGGUAUUAGAAUUCAGAUCAUUUUAAUGCUAAACUCAUUCCUUUUUUAGGGAUUAAGGAAUCCAUGAUAGACUGGUCGAUCAAUCCCAGGUGCCUGUCCCAGAACAGCAGAUUUGAUAUGCUCUAAUGGCUGUGUACCGUCACAAGGAUUAGAAUGUAAUGAGUUCACAGAUUCGGCACAGGCUUGACUGUGGGUCUAAAAAUACUGUGCAGAUAAAUGAGUUGUGUGUUACUGUAUGAAAGUCAUGUAUAUAUGUGGAAAGAUUUAAUGGAAUGUAUGAGGGGAAAAAAAACUGCUCUUAACUGGUUAAGCUAUUUGAUUUUUUUGUUUUACUUAGCUAAUAAGCAGGCUCAACUUGCUGGUUCACACUGCUCAUCAGUCUGUACAAAUAGAAAUAAAAUGCAACGUUUUCCACCCAAAGUCAGUAAACGAAUGGAUGUUUUUUGGAAAAAGUUAGAGAAGAGUUUGCACAUUGUUGUGUUUUAUGUUUGUCGUGCUUCCUGGUAUGUGUUUGUUGAAUUGCACAUGGCUACCACUUAUAACCUAUAAGUUACCAAAUUAAAAAUUCAGGCCCUCCAAAGUACAUUUACUGCAGUUUUAUAGUUUUCCGGCAUGAUACUCUCUUCACCCUGUCAAUGGUUUCCACAUGACGAGACAGAGCAGCAGAUGCAAAUAAACUGUCGUUCAAAAGGUUUUGUUGAACUGUUCCAGUGGCUGUGACUUUUUCAGUUUUAGUCCAUUAUUUCAUCAUUUAUUGUAUAACUUUUUCUGGAAAUUUCAGUUUUUAAAACUAUGUUGCAUGAAAAUGACUCUUCUGGUUAUAGAACUCCUUUGUUUACAUGAUUUUUUUUAUUUUAUUUUGUGCAUCAGAUAAUCCUCUGAAUGAAAUUAAAUGCAUGGUGGACGAUAACAACAAAAACUGAAAAAGUUAACUGCCUUAAAUAAAUUAAAAUGACCUGCUUGGCUAGUUCUGUUAUAUUCUGCAGACAAUUCCUCCCAAAAUGAUCAGAUCCUUGAAUCUUCAUCACCUUCACUCCUACAUCUUUGUAUGUGUAAAAAUGCACAUAAUUUAUGUCAUUUGUUACUGAAUUUGCUUCUGAUUUUGUGUCUUUUGUUUCAGUACGAUACAGUGUAGCUGAGCUCUAUUAAAAGUGCUCUGCACUGUUUUUGUGUCUUUUUCUGAAUCAAAUGAGUGUAAAUAACAGGUUCACACAUAUACAGUUAAGAAAAUGUUGCUUAAGCGUGCACAGUGACAUGUCCAUCGCUCCCAUAUUGUGUUUGUUAGGGUGUGACAUCUGUUUGUUCAUGUUAUGUAACUUUUUUGUUUAGCUGCAGUCAUCUCCCAACUCAUCUGCUAAUAACUGGAAGCACAAACAGAAUGUUUUCAUUUGUUCCAAGCUGUCAAAAUUCACAUUUCUGUGUCCAGCCUUUCAUAUUUCAGAAUUAACAUCUUUUAUUUUUUUAAGUCCCACUUCGAUUGGUUUUUAAUCUAUUGUAAAAGAGUUCCCAUUAGUCUUUUAAUUAUGAUUUUGUCACUUUUAGCCACCAUUGACUAUAUAAUAGAACUGGACUGCGCAAGUGACCCAUAGUAAAUGUCUUGCUUCCAGCUGUGAUUGGUCCAUGUUGGUCUGAGUCUACGUUUCUACUCCAACUACUCUUUCCAAUCAGUAGUGAGCAAGUUAAAAGGCCACACCCCUUCCUAUGUCAAUCAAACGCUUCCAACGUUUGACGUGAGGCCCCCUACUUUUAUUGAGGCAUCUGAUUUGGUCAUUUGAAUAACUUGAACUGUAAAAAGUGAAACAUUGUGUCAGUUAACAAAAGUUCUGUAAUGUGUAACAUUUAAAAUGAUUAGCUUUCUUGUUUUGUGAAGAGAGGUGGGUUUUCGUUAUGUCUAUGUUAGUGUUGUUUUUGUAUCAGAAAAUGGAAAAGAAAACAAAAAAAAAUGAGUUUGAAAAAAA